ACUGUUUGUUAGUGGCACUAGUAGUAGUAGUAGUAGUAGUAGUAGUAUGACUAGAAGUAGUAUUAGUGGCGCUACUACGGUGCAGCUAACGUCGAUGGCCGCUCAAAUAGAGCUCGGCGACCUCUCGAGUGGCACAGCAGCAGCAGCACACCGUGUGGCUUGGAAUUGUCCGCGACUGCGCCAUAACGAUGGCAAACCGGGAACCGGAAUCGGAGUGAGAUAGAGAGAGAAAGAGAGUGAGAGGGAGAGAAACCCCUGAGAUGGUUGGUUCAUUGGCUAUCAGAGCGAGAAACGGUGCGAGAUGAUAAAUCAAGAGCACACACUCGAGCCAGCUCUCUGGCCAUAUAUAGGACUAUAGAACGGUCGGCGGAGGGCCAUGGACGACCAGCGCACACCAUCUGCUGCAUAAACUCUACUGACGGAGGCGCCAUGUCACCAACGUUUGUGUGUACCGUACACCGAAUCGAUUCGAUCGAACGAUGCAAAAUGCAAUUUUGGCUCUCCCGUGGGGAGCUCUUGAAAACCACUAAAGGGGCCAGGAGAAGGUAGAGGCAGCAUGUGCCUGACAGCAUCACACUGAUAACGAACACACUCAGGCUCUCCUCUCGAGCUACUGUACCUCGGCAGGAGCUGGGUUGGCAGCUGGAAAAUUCAUUCGAUCGCAAAACAAAUUCACAUCUCUCUCUCUAUUUCACAUACUCCAACAGAGAGACAGAGAGACACAGAGAGAUAGAGAGACAGUGUGUGUGUGUGUGUGUAUGUACGUUAUGUUGUGUCGGGAAUUUUCCGUCUCAUGCUGGCCGCUGCCUGAUCCUAGCAUAGGCCGCUGGCAGCUGUUCUGUUGAGUUUUCACCAUCCACACGCACCGCCGGCACUCACACAACUACACAGACGGUCUGUGAACCUUUCGCUGCUGCUGCUGCUGCUGCUGGGGUUGUUGAUGCAGUACGCGUACAACUCUCGAUCAGGAAGGUUAUACGGGGUACACAAGAUCGUAAAGAAGAAGCAAAAAGAAAAACAGUUUUAGUUGGAGGUAAACACAGAGGGUGGUUCGAACCCAGCACCCUUUCAUUACUUGAUCUCGUACCUUUUGUUUUUAUCACUCGUCGUUACUCGUUUCGUUCGUGCUUUCCGCUACCUCAACGAACACACGCAGCCAGUGCUUUAUUUUCCGAUUGUGUGACACGGGCAACGAAUGUGUGCGUUGUUAGUAGAGAACAGUGUUAAUCGUUAUCGGGUUGCUUGCAGCAGUGAUAAGAAAAGAAGAAAAAGAGUCUAAAACGGGGUUUUGUGGAAGAGAAACAAUCGAAACAAUCCCGUGUGUUUGUGUCGUAGAGCUGUAGGAGAAGAAGCAUAAGUGUAGACACGGGAGAGAAGAAGAAGAGCUAUCGUAAACAAGCUCUCCUGGGACUUCUCUCUACUAGCUUUCGGCCUAAAGAAAGCGCAAGGAGGAAGCACCACCAUAUACACUAGCUCUCUAUCACCAUCACCACCCCAUUCGUCGACCUCGAUACUGCUUCGUUCCGUUGCGUGCUGCUGCGUGUGGUGCGCGUGUGUCGGCAAUUCAUCCUACUACCCCUACCCUUGCAACAGCGCACCCUUCACACCACCACCCGAAGGAUUACUGCGCACCGGAUGUCCUUGUAGAUAGGGACACCCCGUGUGUGAGAGAGAAAGAGAUAUAACGUGUGUGCAGCGUGCGAGAGUGUCUCUCUGUUUGUGAUUUUUGGGAAACUGCUCCCUGCUCCUGCUGCUGCUGCUGCUGCGUAGAAGGUUCCUAUCUAUCAUCUGACCAUUGAAGUGGUGUGACGACAGCACAACGCCGACAGGGUGCAUAUUGCAACCGUCAUAUAUACACACACACAGUUGCGCGUGAGUGAUAAGACCGACACGGGUCGGUCUGAUAGAGUAGUGUAGAAAUAGAGCAGUGUUAUCAGCCCCCGAGUUCCCGAAGGGAGGGGUGCUUCUCGAACUCGAGUAGAACAGCUCUAGCAGUAUUAAAGUGGUACACUGAACACAGCAUACAUACGAGUACUACAACCACCACCACCACCGAACAAUCUCAUAUAAACAUCCCGGUAUAACCGUAACCUCUCCAUUGCUGACUGAACGCGAGCUUCAUACACACAGUUAUAAGAUAUACUAUAUAUAUAUACAGCCAAAGAUUAGAUACUACGAUAGAAUCAACCCAUACACACAACUACACAGAAACACACCUAGCACGGAACGCUUUUGAAACGUAUCAGCUUUAUAUAUUGCACGGAUCUUCCUGAUAAGCUUAAUAGUGAACGGUCAUUGCACUCUACAACACAUACAAAAUCAGCAAUCCUGUUGCAACGCAGGAUCAUUGAAUUCGUAACAACAUACAGUAACAUCCAGCAACAACUACAAGAAGAAGAAGAAGAAGAAGGCUCAUUGCCGCUGUCGGUUGGUGUUGGUACGAUUCAUUGUCGUAGUAGAACAUCUUCGGCAUCAACCGCUAUCACCUGAAGUAGAGGAAGAAGACGGAACUGUAUCAACAGCACCGCCAUCACCUAAAACACGCCAACAUGACGGCACAAGUUCAAUCGCUACCGAUCGAUCAGACCGACAACAAGCAUAGCAAUGAGGAGCUAGCGUACCUGUCGGCCGACUACUUUCACAUCGAGCAGAACAGAUUACAAACGUUCGAUCAGUGGCCGGUGACGUUCAUAAGAAAGGAAGAGCUGGCACGAUAUGGGUUCUACUAUACCGGUACCGACGACACGGUCAAGUGUCACUUCUGCCGAGUGGAGAUCGGCAUGUGGGAAGAGCACGACAAUGUGAUAGAGGAGCAUCUGCGCUGGUCACCAUACUGUCCGCUGCUGCGGAAACGACCGACCAACAACGUGGCACUCGAUCGGAAUUUCCUGGCGAACGUACCGGAACCCAGCUACGAUGUUUGCGGUAUCAACGUACGGACGCAUUCGUACGCGGAGAACGCGAGCGAUCGUAUGAGCGGAGACUCGUGGAGUGGCGCCAGUGACAUUAGCAGCGGCAGCAACAGCAUCAACGGUAACAGCAUUGUCGGAGAGGCAAGCACCAGCACGAUCAGCACCGAUCGCAGUGGGCUGCAGCUGCAGAUGCGGCAUGGUGGUGACAUGGAAGCGCCCCUAGCGGGAGGAGCUGCAGCGUCAGCCUUCUGUAGCCACGUGACAUCGAUGGUCCAGACAUGUCGGCCCGAAUAUCCGAUGUACGCGAUCGAGGCCGAUCGGUUGAAGUCGUUCGAGGAUUGGCCAACGUCCAUGUCCCAGAAGCCACAGCAGCUGAGCGAUGCCGGCUUCUUCUACACCGGCAAGAGCGAUCGGGUCAAGUGUUUCAGCUGUGGCGGUGGUCUGAAGGACUGGGAGCAGGGUGAUGAUCCGUGGGAGCAGCAUGGUAUCUGGUACAGCAAUUGUCACUACCUGAAGCUGAUCAAGGGCCGCGAGUUCAUCGACAGGUGCCUGGCGAUGAAGGCCGACGAGGAGGCAGCCUCCUCGCAACCAUCGACCUCCGGUGUCAGCUCCAAUGCUUCGUCGCUCAUGAGCACCUCACCGACGACUUCCAGCGGCAUUAGUUCUCCGGCGCCCGGUGAUGACGCUCGCACGUCCAGCAGCAACAGCAACAGCACUGAGACGACGACGACGACGACGACGGUAACGCCGAAGGCUGCAUCUUCGACCAUUGGCAGUGCCGUGGAAGGUGAUGAUGAUGCGGCCAGCCGUGGCAUCUCCGACGGCAAGAUCUGUAAGAUUUGCUACGUCAACGAGUACAACAUUGCGUUCCUGCCGUGCGGUCAUGUAGUGGCGUGCGCCAAAUGUGCAUCGUCCGUCACCAAGUGUCCGAUGUGUCAGCAACCGUUCUACAAUGUGCUCAAGCUCUACCUGUCCUAGUAUGGGAGUCUGUAAAAAAGAAAUUAGAGAUCCUAGGUAUUAUGUUGGUUUGUUUAUUUCUUCUGGUGUAAUUCUUGACACCGUUGAGACGUUGAGACACUGAGAGAAAGAAAAAGAAGAAGGAAAGAAAGAAAGAAAUGAGCAGGAGCUUUUGCACCGGGAAUUCGUAUCUAGACUCGUCGAGAAGUAUUCAGAAGUAGCAUAUCCUGUAAGCUUGUAACUAUAGGGCGCCUAUGGCUACGCGCUUCGAUUGUGUCUGUGUAUGCGUUUUGCGUAUGUAUGUAAGGAUGCAGAGAAUAGAAGUUUAAAUGUUAAAAGUAACGUGUUGGUAGUGUAGAGGGGACAAAGACCGAAAGAGGGAAGAAAAGGGGGGAGGGGGGCGUUUUGUAGACCGAGCCGAGCUUAGUAUAUCAACCUGAGGCGCAACUUGCGAAUGCCGGAAGAAGAAGCGAUAUCAAGAGAGAAGUGAAAACGAUGGGAGAGAUGUGAGAGAAGUAGGGAGGGAGGGAUGGGGAAAUGGAUUACAUCUUCUUAUCCAAUCUGGGCGCUAAUACUACUAAUAUGAGAGCCCUUUGCCAACUCCUGUACCUGCUCGCUGCCAUCGGUGGAGUUUGUAGAUAUAGUGAACCCUUUUUUGUCGUUGGGAUUUUUUUUUUGAGAAAGAGAAGAUACAAAUAAAGCUUCCCACCUCCCAAACCAACACACACUCACACACUGACAAUUGAUGAGAUAUGACAUGAAGCCUACGAGUCAAAAUCCACGAUGCUGCGGAGUCAAACAAUCGGUUUUGACGAUGGGAGGGGGGAGUGUGCAUGCAAGUUUCGAUCGAAUGCGAUCGCUCUGCUCUCCCCACAGCUUACCUCUAGAUAGCUAUCUUCACCGUUUUCGCAAGGGCUGGGAACACGAUAGGUGUGUGUGAUGUGUUGAUGAACAACGUACCUAAACUAAAACAUGAAAUCCCAUGAAGGAAACCGAAAUAACCGAACACACCUUAAUAACUGCAGCCGUGUGCACCUAGCGUAAGGACUAAGCGUAAAAUUAUUCGUAUAUUACUAUUCGAGCAUACUCUUCGGGCUUGCAGUUGUGUUUGUCAAUGAGAGGAAGGUUAUGUUUUUACACUUGGCUGAAACUACUAAACUACUACAACAAAGUGAAAAAAAUGGAUAAUAAAACGUAAAAAUAAUGUUGGCACAGAA